AUGAUGAAAGAACAAGUAGCGAUACAAACUUUAGGUAGUGGUCCCUCAUCGACUGUGCGUAGCCUAAUCAAUGGAAAUAAUGAACGCAAUUAUUAUAGUACUUUAACCACACCAAGGUCGCUCUUGAAUCUUAAUGACCCCGAUGAAUAUAUAUACGAAACGGAAUAUGUAGAUGAUCCGGAUUAUUAUUACAAUGAUAAACUGCAUACACCGGCACCAACUUUAACAACAUAUAAGCCUAAAGUUAAGGCAACAUUGAAUAAAAAUAAUAAUAAUAAUAAUGAUGACUACAAUAUAAUUGGUACAAAAUUACAAAGUUCUCAGAAUACGAAACCAAAGAAUAGAAUAAAUACAAGACCAGAAAUUAUUUUAUCAACUGCAUUGCCAACGGUCAGAACCACAAGACCAGCAACGACGCCGGCUACAUCAACAAGUACUAGUACAUCCACCACUACCACUACUACAACCACCACUACAACAACACCCAAACCUUCAACCACAAAAUUAAGUAAAACUACUAGUCCUCCAAUCACCACAACCAAAUCAAGUAGUUUUUAUCAUAAAACCCCACUGUCUUACAAUAACCAUGACCAUAAUCAGCAUCAAGUAGAGUCUUUAGAUUAUCAUUACAACUCUCAGGAGGAUGAUAAUGAGCAAAUUAUAUUUAAUAUUGGCAAAUUAAGAAAUCAUAGCAACAAUAUUAAUACAAAUAAUAACAAUAGAAAUGCACAACAACAACAAAAACCACCACCACUGCAAUUGAUUAAUUCUAAAUCAUCAACAACAACAACAUUACUAUUACCAACAUCAACAACAACUACAAUCACUUCACUUGUACAAGAACAACAACCUCUACAAGAAUUUCUACCUUUAAUUAAGGCCAAUAAAACUGAAAAGUUUUUACUAACUCUAUUAACGGAUAAUGUGGAUUUCUCCAACAGAUCCAAACAAACGCAUGCCAAUAAAAAAUUACUACAACAACAACCAGAACAACUACAACAACAAAAGUCACAAGUACCACAAAAACAUUUCAGACCAGAACCCACCAACACACAAUUCCAGACAACAACAACUCCCCCUACUACUACUACCACCACAAAUCCAACUCCAUCAAAGUCUCCCACCUUUAAUCCCAUCACAUACAAGCCCCAUUUGCCUAAACAUACCCCUCAAACGGUUGUUAUCGAACCAGAAAUUUCCACGGCCAGAGUAACUGUACAAACACAUCCACACUCUAGACAGGUGCUAGCAUCCAAAAGUACUCGAACUCACAAGGAUGCCAAUUUACAGAGUCUAGAGGAUGUUGAGACAGUGUUUGAUGAGAGCCAAAAUGUUCAAGUACAAAGUGCUGAGCCACCAAAAAGUCGCAAUUCCGGUACUCAUUAUAAAUCAAAUCCCCACGAUAGAGGUGCUUAUGCCUCUGAAAACUAUGCUACAAGCCCGCGCGGCAAUUUAGUACGUUCGCAAACCGAUAAGUCGGUAAGUGAAUUUAAAUCGAAAAGUUACGAUAUUUAUGGUGGCCUUAAAAGCAAUGAAUUCACAGAGGAUAAGAAAUCUAAAUCAAAUUUCAAAGAUGUUAAAACUCAGAUCAAAAAUUAUGUAAUCUCAGAUGUGGCACCACAAAGUUUUAAAGCGGUCUCCACGGAAACCUAUGCCAGAGGUAAAUUUGAAUCUGAAGAAGAGGCCGAGGUAUUGAAUGGUGCAAGCUCCUCAACUACCCUAAGAUAUCCGGGAACGUUUAGAACCUCAACUGAAGCCAAGCCAUUCGAGUAUAGUCUGCAAACGGGUAGUAAUGGUUUUACAUUGAGAGCCCAACAAUUGCCGCACAUAGAAGAGACCUCGAGGCCAUUAUAUGAAAGAAGACCAGCCAUACAAUACUUUAGUAUACCUUCCAGCAGUUCAACGACAGACAAGACCACCACACCCACAACAACUACGAGUUCUACAACAACCACCACCACAGAAGCUCCUACCACAAAAUUAAGCACCACUAGCUCUACAACUAGCACCACCACAGAAAAGCCAAUAUUUAGACCUCAUACUGAAGUAGUUUAUGUAGAAACAUAUUACGAUGAUGAUAUACAGCCAACUACAUAUGCUCCUCCUUUAAGAACUUGGCGCAAUGGCAGACCCACUAUACAAACUAUACCACCAACAUCUUCAAGCACUUUCAGUCCUAGAGUACAAACUUUCUACGAUUAUAGUUAUAGAAUACCAACAGAGUCUAAUAAAUUGCAAUCGGUGGCUAAAGAAUAUUUGCCCAGAACAACAACAACCACCACUUCAACAACUACCACCACAACACCCAGAACUACAACCACUACUACAUCCACAACGCCCAGAACUACAACGACAACCUCCACCACAACACCUAGAACUACAACUACUGCCUCUACUACCACUACUACUGAGAGACCCCUACAAACAUUUACCGCAAGAUCUGCGGUUUUCAAAGAUAGCUUACAAAAAAGUACCACAUCUUCCAGUCAACGAUUUGUGUCCCCAUUUAAAAGUUUAGAAAAUCUCCUGCAAAAGGAAGAGAGAUCAUCAUUUUCUUCGGCGAGAUCCACCGUAAAACCAAAAUAUUACACCAGUACACAACAUCCAUUUUUGCAGACAACCAGCAAACCCUUAAGAAGCUACUUUAUAAUAACUUCCCCACCGAAAAAUAUCAAUGAGACCUUAAUUGCCACAAUGGCAACAAAUACACGGAAUUUCAGUAUAAGUGAUGUAGUAAUUGGAAAUGUAAGGAAUAGCAACAAUAAGCCUAGUUUAAGCAGCACAACAACAUCAACCACAACCAGCACUACGACGACCACAAAAGCUCCCACCACCGAAAGUACAACACCCACAACUAUGUCCACAAUUUUGAAUACCUCUUCUUUAAGAGUGCACGGCUAUAAUCGUAAUGAAGUUUCAGAAAAGCCUAGACCAAGAGGAAGAUCAAGGUAUACAGCUGCCACAGCCACCAAUUUAUUGGAAAGAGAUGAACCCACUACUUAUGCACCAAAGCAACGUUUCAAGCCGGUUCUAGAAGAAAUUACUACUACAGCUCCGGCACCUCAGCUGCAAGGCAGACGUAAGAUACAAAGAGCACGCAUAUCUGCGUUACAAAAUCAAAGAACUCCUACCAUAAAUUCCAUUAAACCUAGGGAAAAUUAUCAUAGCUUCAAACAGGAGCUUAAAAAGCAUUAUGAAAACGAAGCUUUAGAACAACAUCCCAGAGCCGAAGCUUUAGUAGCCUCGCCGGUGCUUAAUAACCAAGAUAACAAUAUUGAAAGCAUAAAAUCCACAGAGACUACGGAAAAAGAACAAGCCGAUGGAAUAACAGAUAGACCCUUGAAAUACUACUACUCCAACAAAUACAGACAACAAACAGGAGAACAUACUUUGGCAGAAAGCCUACAGAAUGCUGGCUAUAUAACAUCUUCCACAAAGCCGGGAAAUGCUAAAUUCAAAGCUUCCUCGGUACUCGAACAAUUGCAGUUAUUCUUGGCCGGUGUUGAUAGUGAUGAAAACGAAUCAUCCUCACCGCAAUUUGUCAAUGACUUUUCGGAACCCGAAAUCAAGGCAGCCGUACAAGAAAUCAAAAAUCUAUAUGCUGCCACCGGACAAAGACCUUCAUGGACUACGACUACCACCACGACCCUUAGACCUACCACUACAGCCAAACCCCCUACCACUGCCUAUAGCACUAGCACGGCAUUACAAACAACUAAUUUGAAUUCCAUACAUUACACAAGCACACACUCCACCACACCCACCACUACAACAACAACACCAACAAUAAAAACAACAGCUACAGCCAAAGCCACCAACAACUCUAGUACAACACAGAAAUAUCAAAUUAGUUUCACUUCACCGACAAGCACCACAACCACGCCUAAAUACUUUCCCAAAUUUCCAUCCUCAACCUAUAGUUAUUUAACUUCCUCGUCUUCCUCCUCAACUACAACAACUACAACAUCAACUACUACUACUACAACAACAACAACACCGCAACCACCACCACCAUCACCUCCUGCUUAUGCCUACUCCAGUCAAACAAACAAACAUUCAACAGCGGGAGCAGCAUCUUCAUCCUCGGUUAAUUUGCCACCAGCUCGUGCCUCAAGAGUAAAUAGUGCUCUUAAAUCAUCAAUAGCUGCUGCAGCAGCUGCUACAGCCUCCCCCUCCUCUUCCUCCUCGCUCAAUGGUAACAAUAAUAAUGCUGGACCUAAUUCCUCCUCAGCGGCAGCGGGCAGAUCAAAUAAUAAAUUCUCUUUGGGUUCUACGGUUAAAUGUUCUGAUACUACGUCAAAUGCUAAAUGCAAUGAAAUUCCUACGAGGUAUUAA